UCCCCAGCAUCAGGCAUUAAGCACCAAAUAGUGGAAGAGGGCCAUCUAUUGCAUAAGAGUCGCCCAGACCCAGGCAAAAAGGAAAAGAAAUGAGUUCCACACAGAGAGGGACGGCCUUGGGUGAAGUAACGCAGUUAUAAGAGGGGCAAAGGGCGAGAGCUCUUAAAUCAAUGGGUGAGGUCAGCGCGCCUGAGGUUGAGGCCUUAAGGGAGGGGCGCAGUGAUUUCUGGUGGGAGCUUCAAGCUCCGCUGCGAACCACGCUCAAUUGGGCCAUCUCUCUCCCCGGCUCUGAAGGUUUCUUCGUCUGCGGUGGGACCGGGAUUGAUGUACAGCUAUAUAUUUUGUCAUUUCUUUCACCUCAUGAUCUAUGUCAGUUGGGAAGUACAAGUCGUUAUUGGAAUGAAACUGUCCGAGAUCCAAUUCUGUGGAGAUAUUUUCUGUUGCGGGAUCUUCCUUCUUGGUCUUCUGUUGACUGGAAGUCUCUUCCAGAUCUAGAAAUCUUAAACAAGCCUAUAUCUGAGGUCACCAAUGGUGCAUUUUUUGACUACAUGGCAGUCUAUAAAAUGUGCUGUCCACAUACAAGAAGAUCCUCAAAAUCUAGCCGUCCUAUGUAUGGAGCUGUCACCUCAUUUUUACACUCAUUGAUCAUUCAGAAUGAACCACGAUUUGCCAUGUUUGGACCAGGUUUGGAAGAACUAAAUACAUCUUUGGUGUUGAGUUUGAUGUCUUCUGAGGAACUUUGCCCAACAGCUGGUUUGCCUCAGAGGCAGAUUGAUGGCAUUGGAUCAGGAGUUAGUUUUCAGUUGAACAAUCAACAUAAAUUCAACAUCCUAAUACUAUAUUCAACUACAAGAAAGGAAAGAGAUAGAGCAAGAGAAGAACAUACAAGUGCAGUUAACAAGAUGUUCAGUGUACAAAAUGAAGGGGACGAUCAACAAGGGAGCCGGUACAGUGUAAUUCCACAAAUUCAGAAGGUGUGUGAAGUUGUUGAUGGGUUCAUCUAUGUUGCAAAUGCUGAAGCUCAUAAAGGACAUGAAUGGCAAGAUGAAUUUUCUCGUAUUAUGGCAAUGACUGAUCCAGCUUUUGGAUCUUCCGGGAGACCAAUGCUGGUUUUAUCUUGUAUUUCUCAAGCUAACGUAAAAAGAAUGCCCUGUUUUUAUUUGGCCCAUGAGCUGCGUCUGAAUCAUCUAAACCACCCAUGGAUGGUCCAGGACACUGAGGCUGAAACUUUAACUGGUUUUUUGAAUGGUAUUCAGUGGAUUCUUGAAGAAGUAGAAUCUAAGCAUGCAAGAUGAUCCUCCCCUUCAACCUUGGCAACUGAAAGCAUUUGAAACUUGUUACUAAGGUCAUGAUGUGGAUAUUUGCUCAAGUCAGCUCAUUCUGCCCUGCCUUUUUGCAGGUAGGCUUUAUGUUGGACAGCUGUCACCACUCUAAUUUUUAUAUAACUUUUCCUUUUUACCUUAGAUCAAUUACAAGAAAAAAGUUUCAGUGGUAGCAUUUGGCCCCAAAAUGAACCUUUUAAGAUUUUUUAAUAACUUUCAUAUAUAUAUUUUUUAAUAUUAAAUUCUAAAAAAAAAAAAAAAA